AUGGCGUCCAGUUUCUCAGCAAACCAGUAUGACGGUGCCUUCAAAUCCCAGAGGCUGCAGAACUGGUGUGAAGCUAAGCACUUUAAAGAGAGGCCCUCAGCAUGGGUGAGUCCCACCUCCUUCAUCGCAGAUAACAGAGGACAUCUUCUCCCAGGAGUGAAGAAAGGCAAUGCCUGGCCGGACUUUAAGGGAACCUGGGAUUUACCCGCUCGUGUCCCAGCCCACCACAUCAACCCCACGGCCCGCUCUGCAGAAGGCCUCGGCAGGCUCAGGUCCUGGGGGCUCUGUCCACAGCAAAGUGCCAAAUCACUGCGAGGCGGCAGGAGCGCACAUGUGAGCGAGAAGACCAUUGAGGGCGACCCGGCUGCUCCAGCUAAAGCCCGAACAGCAUCCCAGAACCACCAGAACCAUCGCUCACAAACAGGUGUGGCCGUUUCCGUUGAACAAAAUGUCCAGGCCUCAGAACACCGGCCAAAGAGCCAGACAUCUGCAACAGAAGAAAACCCAGUUUCAUCGCCUACAGCUGGUAAAACAUCCCCAAACGGGCCUGAGACCCAAAAGGGGUGA